UGAGAAACGGCCUCCUUCUCAAAUUCCGCUUUCCAUUGGUCCUUACGGCAAAGAGGGCAGGGACAUUUGCUGAAAUUAACCUCUGGGUCGCAAACCCCGAGCAAAGAUGGCGGCGGCCAGGUGUUGCAGGCUAGCCCUCCGCGGGUCGCGGCUGUCAUUGCACACUGCGGCCGAGGCCGCUGUCGCGGCUCCAGAAGUGACCGGCGCAGUUGUCGCGGCGGCCCCCGUCGCGCGCUACCCGCCGAUUGUGGCGUCUCUGACUGCCAAAAGCAAGGCGGCACGGCAGCGGCGAGUGGAGCGGUGGCAGGCGACGGUGCACGCGGCCGAGUCGGUGGACGAGAAGCUGCGAAUCCUCACCAAGAUGCAGUUCAUGAAGUACGUGGUUUAUCCGCAGACCUUCGCCCUGAACGCUGACCGCUGGUAUCAGGGCUUCACCAAGACAGUGUUCCUGUCGGGACUGCCGCCGCCGCCGCCCGCCGAGCCCGCCGAGCCAUCGCCCACCCUGGACCUGGAGGCCCUGCGCGCCGCCGCGUGUGACUGCCUCCUGCAGGAGCAUUUCUACCUACGGCGCAAGCGGCGCGCGCCCCUCUACCAGGACCGCGAGGCCAACGCCUCGCCCUUCCUGGAUCAGCUGGUGGCGGCCCUCGUGGGCCUGCUCAGCGCACACAACCCUGCUCUGGCCACCGCCGCCCUCGAUUGUAAACGCCCAGUUCACUUUUACUGGUUGCGUGGUGAAGAAAUUAUUCCUAGUGGUCAUCGGAAAGGUCGAGUUGAUGCUCUGCGAUACCAAAUAAAUGAUAAACCACACAACCAGAUUCGAAUGUCCAAACAACUCCCAGAGUUUGUGCCGCUGGAUUAUUAUGUACCUGUCGAAAUCCCUGUGAUGAAUUGUAAGCCAGACAAACUUCCAUUAUUCAAACGACAAUAUGAAAAUACCAUAUUUAUUGGCUCAAAGACAGCAGAUCCAUACUGUUAUGGUCAUACCCAGUUUCAUCUGUUACCUGACAAAUUAAAAAGGGAAAGGCUUUUGAAACAAAACUGUGCUGAUCAGAUAGAAGUUGUUUUUAGAGCCAAUGCUAUCGCAAGCCUUUUUGCUUGGACUGGAGCACAAGCUAUGUAUCAAGGAUUCUGGAGUGAAGCAGAUGUUACUCGACCUUUUGUCUCUCAGGGAGUGAUCACAGAUGGAAAAUACUUUUCCUUUUUCUGCUACCAGUUAAAUACUUUGGCACUGACUACACAAGCUGAUCAAAAUAACCCUCGUAAAAAUAUAUGUUGGGGAACACAAAGUAAGCCUCUUUAUGAAACCAUCGAAGAUAAUAAUGUGAAAGGUUUUAAUGAUGAUGUCCUACUUCAGAUAGUUCACUUUCUACUGAACAGACCAAAAGAAGAUAAAUCACAGCUGUUGGAAAACUAAGAAGAAAUCAUUGAUUCAGGACUUUGGGGAUACUUAAAUUUCACUGGAGGAAAAAUAAAAGGAAUUUUAAUGACGAGA